UAAAAGAGUGUAGCGCCUGGUCCUUGUGGCGCGCUCAUGCCGUGCACCCCAUUUCCUGUAUACAGAUGGAAUAUAACCCAUUCUGUCUCAAUAUCGAGCCCCCAAAGCAUCAACUACUUGACACAGCACAGGAGCUCGGUGUUGCUGUCAUUUCGUACAGCCCUUUGGGUAAUAGGUUGCUUAGUGGUACGUUCCAGUCGAAGGACGACUUUACUAAACCUGGUGAUAUACGCGGUAGCGUGCCGUGGUUCAGCGAUGACAAUUUCCAGACGAAUCUGAGCAUUUUGGAUAAGAUUGGUGAGAUUGCUAGGUCGAAGGGUGUUACUGCUGCGCAGUCGACCCUUGCUUGGAUCCUUUCGCAGGAGGGUGACUUCUUCGUUAUGCCCAGUACGACUAAGGCGCACCGAGUGGCGGAGACUUUGGGCAGUCUAGAAAUCACCGUGACGCCGGAGGAGAAGGCAAUUUCCCAGGCUUUGUAGGUUGUUGGUUCGAGACUUCCAGAUACCUUUAUGGUGUCUUGUUUUGCGGAUACUCCUCCCCUGGAUGCAUAGAGUCGCAGCAACUAUCCGCCAUCAUAGCAGGAGUGCUCUUCAAUCUUCAAGCGCGUGUAUAUCCAGUUCGAUUGACAAAGUAGCUCAAAUGCGUCACGACUCGUAGAUAUGAUCUUCCACUGAGUUAAAAGAUGAGCUUCUCGCCGCAGCUGUGAGUAGAUCUAAACACGCAACCUUGCCCAUUACAGUAGUAGAAGCGG